AACCGGGGCAACCGCGACAAACAAGAUGGCGUCGCGUGGGCCGAGCCCGACGGGGGGAGGGAUCUAGAGUUGUCUAAGGUAUAAACCAUGAGUUCUCCUCUUUCCUCCCUGGGAAAGCACCGCAGAAUCCCACUGCAGCUGCGGAGUCCAGGGAAAAGGACAAUGCCAUUUAAACUGAGUGCCUACAAUGAGGAUGAAGCUGCGCUGCUGAAUGACAUCCUGUCUCCUAGAACAAAGUUUCCAGUGCAAGACAUUUCCCCUUCCUGCUCAAAGGGAACAGCAACAAAAACAAGUACCCAUGGGGCAGCUCCGACUGACAUGGAGCUCAUGUCCUCCAUGAUGCAAAAAAUUGCUUUGUUGGAACAAAAAGCAAAGAGCCAAGCACAAGAAAUUCAGCUGAAGUCUAGAAAGGUUGCUGAACUUGAGAAGCAGGUGAAGAUCCUUCAGAAAGGAAAAGGUUCCCCAGAGUCAAGCGGAAUAGAGGAACUGGAGGUGAAGUGUCUUCAGCUGCAGAAUCAGGUCUGGGAAAUGGAGCAGUUUCUGAAUGAUUAUGGAUUGAUUUGGGUUGGAGAGAGGAAUGAACAGCUGGAAGAGUUGAAAUCAUUGAAGAAGCAGGAAAAUCAGCCAUCAAGGGGUCUCUGGAAACCAGGUCACUCAACUGUUUCCAACUACCCGAUCAAUUUUGAUUUAAUUUUGGAAAACCUGAAAGAUUUAAAUGUGCUGGCUGGGGAAGGUGUGUCUCAAAUCGAACGUACAGCAGGAGGUGCAAGACUGAGGCAGCCCCAAUUGAUAUCCCUCACUUUUUAUCAGAAUGGGAUAGUCAUGUUCAAUGGACCCUUCCGGUCAUAUGAGGAGCCGUCCACGCAGCAAUGUCUUCAGGAUAUCAUGGAUGGCUAUUUUCCCUCAGAGCUACAGACGCGCUACCCAGAUGGUGUUCCUUUUCAGGUCACUGACAGAAGGGACGUUUUCUUUCGGGAGAGGCAGCUACCAGAGAACUUUCCUGGCCAGGGGCAGGUAGUUGGCCAUUCGAAGUCAAGUGAGGUAAAGGAAACCAGUGAGAUCCCAGGUCCCAAGCUCUCACUGGAGCAGUUUCUGAACAAACUUCCUAAAUCCUUGGUCCAGGAGGGACAAGUGAUUGAUAUCCGAGGGCCAAUCAAAGAAACUCUGCAGGGCUCUGACGGGACACGUAGCAAUGAAGUGAUCCUGGUGGAGACGCCCAGCCUUGCAGCAAUGAAGGAGAGGUUAAAGGCAGACGAACAGGACCAGCCUCCAGUCCCCAACAUCUCCACUCUCCGGAUAAAAUCUGAGAAUGGGGAGCAGACAUACAUUGUAAAAAUGCUCUUCACAGAGACCAUAGGAGACCUGCGCCGGCACCUUGCCCAGAGCAGGGAUGGAGAACCACAGCCGUAUGAGAUCAUCAGCACCUUUCCCCAGAGAGUGUAUGCUAACAACUUCAUGACCCUGCAGGAGUGUGGACUGAUUCCCAACGCCUCCCUUCUGCUACGGGAAAAGAUCUCUUCAGCCAAGGAGGGACAGGGCCACAGAUAGUUUAACAGCUUCAAAUGAGCCAGCUGGCCUUGCAACUGCUACUUCACAUGAAGCAAUUUGCUUUCCUCCCACAACAUCCCCUUCUAUCAGGCUCUGUGAAAAGGCAAGAGGAAGGAACAGCCUUGCACAAUCAGAUAAGCUGCAACCUCUCCCUUACUCAAGGGGGAUGGAGGGUGGGGUUAUCUUUACAGAUUCGGUUGAACUUCAUUGUUACCUGGGCCUACCACCUCCUGUAGGCAAAGCACGGGGGAGAAAUAGCCCUGGAGAUCUAGCUCCUCCCUGCACUAUUGGUGAGAGAACUGUGAUGACUCAAGGCCACACACCCUGCCAAUCUGGAUCCUACUAGCCUCUGGGGGCUGCCUUUAGAGGCCUGCUGGGCCAGUGGCCUCAUCACAUGGCAGCCUACCUGUGUAAACAUUACCCUGGGGGACUUCUAUCCAAGCUGGGUUUCUCUCCACCUUUGCUGAAGGUCACAUGAUCCUUUUGCCCCUGAGAGGCUGCAGUGAGUUCACUUCAACACCCGUGCCCUCAUCUGCAGGUCCCUUAUGUCUACACUGCAAUAAAAAAAAACUGGCACCACUCUCAGAGCCCACAUCAAUUGAGCUGGGCUCAGGAUGGGGGGCUACAACUAGCAGCAUAGAUGAUCAAGUGUGGUCUGGAGCCGGAGCCCUGAGACCCACCCCGCUUGCGGGGUUUCAGAGCCCAGGCUCCAGCCCAAGCCUGAAUGUCUACACUGCAAUCUUUAGCUGAUGAACCUGAGUCAGCUGAGCCAGGCCAGACCAUGGUCUUUUAUUACAGAGUAGACAGAGCCUUCAAGAAGUAAGUUUAUAUAUAGCAUAGGUGAAAUGCUGUAAGGGCCCUCCCAGCUAGGUUACCGUCCAGUUUCCACAGGCAUCUGCGCUCUUCAUUAGGGCUAGAUUCUCAUCUCACGCUGGUGUACAAAUGGGCUUAACUAUUAAAGUCAAUAGGGUUAAACUGGA